AUGAGCGGUGCCACGGGGGCUGCACUUCCAGCAUUAGACCUUCUACGAGGCAGUGUCUUGGGGUGUACGGUCACCAAAAUUGAAGGCUGUCUCAAUGCUACGACGAACUAUGUUCUUGAUGCCUUAAUGCAAGGGUCUGCAGGAACCGAGACAGGUCAGAUUCAGACUUUAGCAGAUGCUGUCAAAGUCGCACAAUCACAGGGAUUCGCGGAGCGUGACGCAUCUCGAGAUAUCGAGGAAAUGGACAGCAUGGCUAAGCUGGUCCUACUGGCCAACUUUGGGGUCUUCCGAACCCUGGACAGCGACAAUGCUAUCGAUGAGGUGGAGACUUUCCGCAUCGAAGACAUUCAACGGAGCGGACUGAGCGAGAUGAACGUGACACCGGACGUGGUCGCAAAUUGGAGGGCAACAUCGAUGACUCCAAGACUCGUCAGCGGGCUGGAAAGUAGAGACACCGAUGCAUCUUCUGCAUCAUUGGGCAAAUGGACUGCCAGCGUCUCGCUACAGACGUAUCCCUCGUCACAUCCAUUUUCUUCACUUCAAGGAACGCUGAAAGGGAUUCUAAUCCACACGGAAGAGAUGGGCGAUAUCUUUGCUUCGGCGUGUGGGUUGGAGCCUGAGGCGACUGCAGCGAGCGCCUUGAAGGAUUUUCGAGUUUGGCUUCAGUCUAAACGGUAA